UUCCGCUUUUUCCUGUGUGUGCGCUUCUAUACCUUGUUUCCCUGACUGGAUAAGUGCUGUGCCCAUUUAACAUUUGACAUAGCCUUUUCUAACCAUGAGGACAUAACAUUACUUCUUAAUUGUUUCCUCAAAUGCUAGUAGGAUAGUGGAAUGGGCUCAGCUGCCCUGAAAAGUUGCACACGGGCUACUUUAGCUCAAGGCUUUUGAACUGCACAGGUGACAGUGGUGUCGCAGACACCUGCCAUUUUCCGACGUUCCGACGAAAGAGAGCGCCUAGGUCAUCCUGCCACAAAUAAUGUAGACUAAAGUAUCACAUUAAAUGCCUAAGUAAAUGUCAAGUUAUUCGGGUAUUUUUGGCACGUAUUUUAGAGAUUCGAUGGCCUCAAGGGUUAUACAGAAGAUUAUUGUAUGAUCAUCGGUAACGCGGUAAUGUGAUAACUGAGGAACUGGGGCUCAAAAUGAAAGUUUUACUAAGUUUUUGCCUUGUCAUCAGCUUCGCGACGCCUCUAUGUUUGGUUCACUGUGAGCCCCUGUCCCCCAUCACACCUACGCAGACAGAUGAUGUGGAUGGCAUCUACUUUGUGGAGUUUGACUCAGUACCUGAGGUGGUGACAAGAAAUACUACGGCACGUGUCCGCUACCAGUGCCCCAGAGCAUGCAGGGUCAGACUAGAGGUCGUGCUCACUACCCCACACGAGAUCGAGCAGCUGGUCUUCAGAAGGACAUGGACCAGUGUCAAAAACCCAGGCACCCCCAGGGUCCGAAUGGUGCCGCUGAACUUCCCCCCUGCCAUCAUAUAUAAGCAGGAUUUUUCUCGCAGGCACUCCAUCGAUGCCCGUGAGGUUAUGAUAAGGGCUUUGCUAACCGACAUUGACACACAUGUAACGGAGACCCACCCCCGGGCUGGAGAGUAUCUUGGUUCCCUGGCGCACACAUUUAAGCUCCUCAGGACGGUUCCCCCUGCUGAACGUCCAGUUCAACCACACACCAUGUGCACAUCGUGGGGGGCUGAAUUAAUGUGGCAGCUGACUAAAGGCAGAAUUCACCAGUGUCCCUUUGAGUCAGAUGUUGUGGAUGUGACGCAGUUCCCCUUGGUGAGCACCGGAGAGAGAUACGGGGUCAUCCGCACCUUCCAGCCGUUCGUUAACAGGGAGCUCGAGACAGCUCGGUAUCAUAACAUGGAGCAUCCAAGAGUGGCUGUCUCAGUGUGGAUCUACCUGCUGAACUGGUGUAGUGGUAUGCGGUGUGGGAUCAUUAAGCAUGUGAAUGAAUUCAGCAACUUCGGCACGCCCCUGAUCAUGCUGACAGACACAGGCGAUAUAGUGGUUCAGGUGCGGUUAGCUUCAAGAAUAGAGCAAGCUUUCACAGCCCACACGGCCCUUCCCAUCCAGACAUGGAUCCGUUUGGACUGCUAUGUUCAAUAUGCUCAGGUGAAACUUCAAGUAAAUUAUGAAACAGCCUCUGGAGGAAAGGUCGAUGCCGUGCAUGUUUAUGACUUUCACGGGGACAUUCUGUGCAAUGACACCUCGGGACACUUAGUCAUUGGAGGAAGCAGACUCAUGGAAGGCAUCCUUGGCUAUUUUGGACCAGUCCGGUAUUAUCGUUUAGGUACUGAAGAGGUCAUUAACCCACUGUCCCCCGCCAAAACACUUGAAGACUUGGACAAGUUCCAUGGGCAGUGUGAGGAGGUGAAGCUGGUGAUGGAAGGAUUCAUGUAUGAAUUAAAUGUUCACAGAGACAUCUCCUCGCAAGAUCAAUGCCACUCAUAUUAUAAACUUCAAAUGAUAAGAUAUGGACAGAUGACCUGUGCUCAGAUGCUACACUGGGAUUUCCAGAAGAAAUACCAGCCUGUAUUCAAACUAAUAGAGACUCACGAGGACCUCAUGCCAGGGGAGUGGAACAGUGUGGCAGCUUUGCGCCUCGGCAGCCAGUUCUUUGAAGAUGCGGUGAGCAGAAUAGCCAAAGGGGAACCCGUGGCUGGACCAGAGCCCACGCUCUCCCCCAUUGCUCUGCUCAAGGUGUCCUCUUGCCUCGGUCACCACCAGGCCUCACUGCUGUUGGCCACGGUUCAUCUGGCCGGCUUUGGGGUCCCUGUGGACCUUCAGCAGGGUCAUGUCUACAGUUUGAUUGGAGCUGGGGCAGACGAUCGCCUGGCUCUCCUGCACUUGGGCUACAAGCACGCGUAUGGCCUCGACGGCUUCCCCAGAGACCACGCCGUGGCAUACAGUUACUACAUCAACAUAGGCAGGCAGACCAGUAUUGACAAAGACCGAGUUGAAGAUCCCCAGCAAUACAUAACAGACCCUAUCCACAUCAGUGACACGGAGGAGCUGAAGACGCAGAUGGGGGAGACAGAUGAUGUUGUUCAGUACAUCAAACUUCAAGCCGAGAGAGGGGACAUCGAGUCUCAGAAACACCUGGCCAAGAUUCUGUUCUGGGGAUUGAACGGUGUGUCUAAGGACGUGGGGAGUGCUGUGAAGUGGUUCGCCCAAAGCGCCAUGCAGAUGACUGAUGCCAGAGCCAUUUACGAUUACUCCAUCUUACUAGUCAAGGGCCAAGGUGUGAAGAAGAAUCUAACCUUAGGACUUCAACUCAUGGAGAAAGCUGCAGCCAUGGGUAGUGACGAGGCUCUGAAUGGGCUGGGCUGGUAUUACAGCACCAUUGCGAAAGACCCCAAGAGAGCACUGAAGUACUUUCAACAGGCAGCCCAAAAUGGCAGCAGUGACGCCAUGUUCAAUGUGGGCGUCUACCACCUACAGGGGCACCCCAUUCGAAAUGAGACUGCCGCAUUCGAGUGCUUCCUAAACGCCUCAUACGGUGGCCAUGUGGACGGGGCAAUAGAGGCGGCCUUCUACCUCACCGCUGGGAAGCUGCCAGGAGUUUCCCGGGACCCGGAAAAAGCUGGGAUCCUGCUGAAGAGGAUCAGCGAGCAGAACGGACACCUAGGAUAUGCCAACAGGAGAGCCCUCCAAGCCUAUCUGCAGGGCUCCUGGGACGAGGCGCUGGUGAGGUUCGCCAUGCUAGCCGAGACGGGCCUGGAAGCGGCGCAGAGCAACGCUGCCCAUCUGUGUGAGGAGCUGAACCACAGCAGUGUGUGUCACUGGCGAUAUUACAACCAGUCCACCUAUAACUAUGCCCCACACUACGCAGGUCUGUUAAAGAUGGGUGACCUCUUCAUUGAACACCAUGAUGGCCUGGCCGAUGGCAUGUCACUGGCCAUGGAGAUGUACGCCAAAGCUGCGUUAGCAGGCAGUCCUCAGGGAAUAUACAAUUUGGCAGUUUUGAUAGAGGGAGGAGGAGAUAUCCCCCAGAGCAUUCUAAACAACAUGAGGGUCCCUGCUGAGAGGAGACUUGAUAACACCGCCAUUGUGCAGCAUCUAUUACAAAGCUGUGUGGAGUUUGCGGAGGAGCGGGAGGAAGGCGCUUUAAGCCCGUGCGCUCUUGCCUUAUUACGAGUCAACAUCCAAACAGCCUGGAGGGGCUUCACCCAGGACACGCUGCAGUUAGCUCUGGCGUAUGGAAUGCUCGGCGGACUCGUCAUUGUUGUGGCUUAUGUUAUUGAGCAGAUUACAUUAGGGCGAGACGCGGCGAUCCCCGCCCGGCAGCGUGACGGCGCAUUAGCCGGGUCAAGAGAUUCAGCACCUGUCCAUCCAGCUGACAGGCGGGAGAGUGGCGAAAUGGAUGGCACAUCGCAAAGAGAAAUGGGCUCUCUCCGAGUCAAUCCAUCAGACGAGACCGCGCUGCCAGGUUUGUGGUGGCGCCAGCGAGAGCGAGCGCUUCAGGAGGGCACGGACGUGGUCGUCACGGUGGCGGGGGUGUGCCUAUGCGUCCUUGGCGCGAUGCUUCUCUCUCACCUGCUGUGAUGGGACAGGACACGUGGAAUCCGUGGUGUUCCGUGGAGUGGUGCUCAGACGCAUGUGAUCCACACGUCCUUCAUGGGGUUCAUCUAAGCCUGAGUCCUAGGGAACAUGCACAAAUUAAUGACCGACUGAAUGUCAUUACUAGUUCAAAAAUAUACUUCAUAAAGAAUGUAUAUUUAAAUAAAUGGAAAGAAUUGGAGAGAAUGAAAAC